GGGGUUUCACGAGCUGGUUAAGACCUGAGAGCCAUUGUUGUCAGGAAGAUGUUUUCCCGUGCAGUCGAUGUUAACGCGUAAGGUCCCCAAACGACUGCACAAAUCACAACGUGUACGUUAAAGUCGAUGUUUCAAAAAAAAGCGUUGCGCAGUUUAUUAGUAGAUUUGAUGCUCUGGGUAUGGUUAACAUUGCAUACAAAAUGUUCGUGAACGCCCACACUCACAUGCCAGUCAUCGGUGGCCCUGAGCACGUCAAGGUGAUAGUCGGCGGGGGUGACGGCACCAUCAUGUGGGUCGUGCAGGAGGCCGAGAGGCACGGCAUUGACGUCUUCCAGCGGUUGCACAUCGGGAUCGUGCCCCUCGGCACGGGCAACGAUUUCUCUCGAGCUGCGGGGUGGGGCGGCAAGAACCCCCCGCAGUCGAUGCUGGAGAACGACUGCAAAUACCUUCGCAAGUUGGUGAGGUCUUGGAGCAGAGGUAAGCCAGACUUGCAUGACGUGUGGCAUGUGAAGUUGGUUGUCAACGACGAGGCAGGCAAGAUCGUCAAGGUUGCUAGCGAUAAGAGUGAAGCCAUCAUGGAUUGCAAGGCAGGCUUCGACUUCGAAAAGAACCGGCACAAGUCGCAGUGCGGCAACAUCCUGCAGUACGCCUUCUCCGGCCUGAAAGUGUCAGCCGGAUUCGGCCGCGACACCAUCAGAGAUGUCGUGCAGGGCAUGUACCACGGCGAGGACACGGACGUUGCCACCGAGCCCGUCUUCUGCACGGACGAGGACGAGCUGAGAGAGAAGGGCGCCCCGAGGCUCCGCAGAGACCCGCACAUCCUGCUGGUCAUGAACAUCAAGUCCUACGCUGGGGGCGCCGCCCCGCGCCUGUGGCAAGCGUCGACGCUGCGGUACGGCGUCGACCCGCCCAGGGACGGCGACCUGCUGAGCCAGCCCUCGCACCCAGGGGACGAGAAGCUGGACGUGCUCACGCUGAGGUACGCGGCCAGAGUAAUCACCGGCAGUCUCGUCGGCGGCAGACGAGUCUUCUCUGGAGCUCCGCUGUAUUUUGACUUCCACGAGUGGUCCGACGCGGACAACGUUGGCUUUUUCAACAUCGAUGGAGAGUACUACAAGGUUGUUAAUCCUAAGUCGCUCAGCGUUACGCACGGUGGCAAGUUGCAGGUCCUCCACUCGAAGAGCUCCGCGGCCCACCAGCACCACGCGCACCCAGACGAGGUCGAGGACGACAGCGAGUCCGAGGACGACGUCGCGCACACCACCUCCCAGUUCCAGUGGCUGGACUGUGUACGCUGGGGGAUCGAUUCUCCCCGGUGA